AUGCCCGGGGUACGUCAGUCGCACGUGAAGGUUAGAACGGGAUGCCAGCAAUGUAAACAGCGGCGGAUCAAAUGCGAUGAAAGAAGGCCAGCACCAUGUGCCAAUUGCGUUCGAUCUAAGAAAGAAUGUACCGGAUACCCGCCGCCGCCCCGGAGCGCGCGCUCGAGCGAAGAAGUUAAGAUCGCGCCGAAGCCUCUGGUGGCCAUGGCCCCGAGCGCACCGCCACCCAACCGCGAACCCGUUCAGCUACCCCCCAGACGCCUCGCAAAAAUGCAACGACGAGCUUCUCCACCCGGGGCUCUCAUUACACCCACUACGCCCCUCGCCGCCACGAGUUUAGUGUAUCAUCCAUCGAUAGAUCUCCCCUUCAGCCACCAGGAGGGGCAGUACUUCCACCUGUUUCGUGAACACACGGCGAACGAGCUCUCGGGCUUUUUCGACUCGGCUUUCUGGACCCGCAGUGUUUUGCAAGAGUGCCAUACCGCGGACGCUAUUCGCCAUGCCGUAGUUGCGCUCGGCGCAUUGUACAAGACGUUGGAAAAGUCAAACGAGUCACCCACAAAUUCACCACAUCCAGACAGUGAUCCAGGGGACUCGGCUAUGCGUCAUUGGGAGAUGGCCGUCAAGCAGUACUCCCACGCCUGCAAUGCGCUGACGAACGCUGGCGCGACCGCAUCUACUUCGAAUCGGACUCGGCUCAUGUCAAGUGUCUUGCUCGCGUGCUUCGACUCCUUUGUAGGCGACCACAAACAAGCCAUCCGUCAGAUCCAGACCGGGCUAGCGCUGUUGGAGAAGCUGCGUGCUGAAAAGAGGCAGGCCUUUCUUUCUUCGUCGGACGAGCCGGUGGAGGAAGAGCUCACGCAAAUGUUCACCCGCCUAGCAAUACAGGCCAAGUCCUACGAUAUGGCUUUCCACUUCCCCCAGCCCUGGGUUGUGCAGUUGACCACGAACCAGCCCCCUCUGGAUCCCUCAUCGCCCACAUCCGAAGCUGGGUCCCCGAUAGGAAUCAGCCAAGACUCCAUUCCCGAACGUUUCACGUCGGUCAUGGAGGCUCGUUUGGCCUGGGACAAGCUCUGCGAGCGCAUCUUCCGUUUCACCGAAAUCAUGUUCAAUUACGCCAAGUCUAAUAUCAUGGGCGUACUGCCCACAUCGCUGAAACACUACGGCGUCUCUUUUAAGAAAGAUAUCGAGGCAUGGUCCGACGCGUUUGAGCACAUUCUGGCGUCGAGGACAGCACCAGGCGUCAGUAGCCAGGAGAAGGCCGCCAUUGCCGUCCUCAAGAUGUUCCAGACCAUGGGCAAGAUCCUUUUCCUCAUGACCUUCAGCGACAGCGAGAUGCAUUUCGAUGGGUUUGCUCACCUCUUCAAAGGGAUAGUUGACCUUGCCCUCGAGGUGGUCGGUGAUGAAGAGCGGAGGGCCGCAGCUAAGCGCUGCCCGGACCCGGCUCUGUGUCGCCAUCGCAACCACUGCCGGACCGACAUCUUUGGCGGCCACGAGUACGCCGCGCACCACAUCAAGCCCAGCUUCAGCGCCGACCUGGGCAUUGUCCCGCCACUAUACGUGGUCGCCACCAAGUGCCGCGAGCCGCACAUCCGCCGGCAGGCCAUCCAGCUGCUGCGGAGCAGCGCCCGUCGAGAGGGUAUGUGGGAUAGUGAGCUCACUGCACGGAUCGGCACUUGGAUUGCCGAGAUCGAGGAGGAAGACGUCAACCUGUUUGAGGGUGGCUAUGGCAACACCAUUCCAACACCAGACGCUAGUCCCGUCCAGACACAUUCUCGGCCACCAACCGUUGCCGAUACCCCUCAGUCCAUAGCCCAUUCAGACUUGGAACAAGGGAACUGGGAGAAUGGCGCUUCGCCCGCCGCUAGCUCCACGCGCACGUCCUUUUCCUCCCACUCCGGCCAGCCGCAAAAACUGAUACCCAUCCCCGAAGAGAAGCGUGUUAUGGUCAGGGCAGUUGAGUUCGACCUUCGAACGCGCAGCGCCGUCAUUCAGCUGGGAUCGCGGAACAUCAAAACAGGCACGCCAGAUCUGAAAACGAAAGUUACUCGGAUCAAUUGGUAG